UUCAGUAGUCGCUCGGCGAACAUUUGACAAAUGCCUGCACAGAAUCCCAAGAAAAAAAAGGCAUGAUAAGACUUGUGUCGAUACCAGCUUAAAUGACAUUUGCAUAUAAAUAACAAAUAAGUGCACUUAUUGGCAGUGAUGUUUUUUUAUCUCCAAAUAUUUGGUGGGGAACCAAGURAAUUCCAUUCUUCUGUAGACUUCUCUAAUAUUCACAGCAGGAAAAGAUGAUCAGCCUGAUGGAAGAAGUUAAGAUAUUGAAACUGAUGGUGCAGGAGAAAGACAAGAGAAUAUCUGAACUGGAAAGAAGAGUGGAUGAUUUGGAACAAUAUUCAAGCAGAGAGGAGGUCAUCACAUCUGGACUGAAAACAAGACACAGAAAAUACGCUCGAGUUGCUCGAGUUGCUCGAGUUGCUUCAGGUCCUGCAGGUGAAUCUAGUGAUGUCCAUCCUGCUGUAUGUGACGGUCCUUGUUUACCUCUAUGGUAUCCAGGCAACCAACAUGGGCAGCGGUCGCCAUGGACAACAGCAUCGGCAGCAGCAGCCGAGCCCUGACCCUUUAAACUCCCUCAUAAUCCAGCUCCUUCAGGCUGACCUGACGAGAGGGAGAACCAGGGGAAACCAUAGCCAGCAGGGGAAAGGCAGGGACACAGAGCUGCAGGAAAGCCUUCCUCCUCACCUGAGCCACAGCUUUCCUUUCAGGGAGCAGGGCGACGAGGACCAGUGGGAAACCGGGGGUCGGAGCGGGGGGAGCAAAGACGGCGCGGCGGCGGAGCAGCAAGUGAUGCUGCUGAACUCAGAUCUACUCAGGAAGCAGAAACGAUUUAACUCGCCUCGGGUGUUGCUGAGUGACCGGCUACCUCUGCAGCCGCCACCGCUGUACCUCGCGGAUGACUUCGUGAGCAUCCGACCAGACGGAGGCGCAGCGGGAAACAAGACACGGAAGAAACGCUACGCUGAACACCGGAGCUACCGCGGGGAAUAUUCUGUCUGUGACAGCGAGAGCCACUGGGUGAUAGACAAAACCCAGGCUGUGGACCACAAGGAGCAGUCUGUGACUGUUCUGGCCAAAAUUAAAACCAGUGCCACGCAGGAAAUCAAACAGUACUUUUAUGAGACGCGCUGCCGGACCCCCAUGCCCUUCAAAGGGGGCUGCAGAGGAAUCGAUGAUAAGAACUGGAACUCGCAGUGCAAGACUACACAGACAUACGUUCGAGCGCUGACACAGGUUCGCAACUCCGUGGGAUGGAGGUGGAUACGCAUCGACACGUCCUGCGUGUGUGCUUUGUCACGGAAACGUCACAGGACGUAAGCAAAGCAUCACUGGGAGCUACCUUUCUGGAAUUCCACUUCCUGUUUGGGAUUUUACUUCCACAGCGCUCCCUGCCAUGGGAUCAUGCAUCAUGGUUGGUGAACAGCAACAUUCAGCUACAAACGAUACUCCUCCUGAAGGAAUCUCGGGUCCUUUUAAAGAAUAUUUCAAAUCAUUCUGCUGCAAGCUGUUAUGGACAAACUCUUGGAGAGUGGGUGGCGAGGCGAGGGAAAAUGUGUGUGUGUGAGGGAGGACUGUUCAUAUAAAUUAUUUAAAUUAUAUAAAAUGCAUGUAGUUGAUACAUGUUUAUCUAUCUAUAUAUGAUGUACAAAUAUAUUUGUGUUAUUUAUUGAAAAAAGUUAUAAAAAUGGAUUAAAAAAACCAUGAAAACUCACUUUGAGACUAUAAUACAAAGCAAGGGCUGCAAAAGGUGCUUCACAGGGAGACUCUAUAUGUGCCUUGACUGGUGUGAGGAAAAGACUUGGUAACAAGAGUUACUGUAAAUGUUAGUGGUGAACUUUAGAGCAGCAGACUUAUCUUGUCCAAAUGAUCAAAUCCUGAUAUCCCAACAAAAUGCAGUUUCUAGAAAAACAUAAAAUGUCUUUGCGUUUAAAACAACUAUGAUGCCCAUUUAGUCCAUUUAUUCUUUUGGGAGGCAAUUCUAACAAAGAAAACAUAAUUUUCGCUUGUAAUAUCUGACUUUGACCAGUAGAAAUUAAUUUAUUUGUUUGGCUUAUCACUUGUCACAUGGACACUGUUCACUACGUUUUGCUGUCACAUGGAAUCACUGGCAAUUUUUGUUUCUUCCAUUGAAUAAAACCCAUAUUUCUAAAAGA